AUGUUGAGGGCUGUGGCGAGGUGCUGCGGGCACUGGCCGCCGGGCGCGGCGGCGGCGGACGGCAUGCUCUGGCAGACGGAGCUGCGGCCGCACGCGGCGGGGGAGUUCUCCAUGGCCGCCGCGCAGGCCAACCUCGUCAUGGAGGACCAGGCGCAGGUGCUCGCCUCCCCCUCCGCCACGCUCGUCGGCGUCUACGACGGCCACGGCGGCCCCGACGCCUCCCGCUUCCUCCGCUCCGCCCUCUUCCCCCACGUCCAACGCUUCGCCAGGGAGCAGGGGGGCGUGACCGCGGAGGCGAUCCGGAGGGCGUUCGGCGCGGCGGAGGAGGACUUCCUGCACGAGGUCCGCCAGGCCUGGCCCAAGCGCCCGCGGAUGGCCGCCGUCGGCUCCUGCUGCCUGCUCGGGGCCAUCGCGGGGGACACGCUCUACGUCGCCAACCUCGGCGACUCCCGCGCCGUCCUCGGCCGCCGCGUCGUCGGCGGCGGGGUGGCCGUCGCCGAGCGCCUCUCCACCGACCACAACGUCGCCUCCGAGGAGGUCCGGAUGGAGGUCUCCUCGCACAACCCGGACGACGCGCAGAUCGUGGUGCACACCAGGGGGGCCUGGAGGAUCAAGGGGAUAAUUCAGGUGUCAAGAUCCAUUGGUGAUGUAUACUUGAAGAAACCGGAGUAUAGCUUGGACCCAUUAUUUCGGCAGAUCGGCCCUGUUAUUGCAUUGAAGAGGCCUGCUCUUAGCGCUGAACCACAAAUCCAUGUUCGCAAGCUCAAACCAAACGAUCAGUUUAUAAUAUUUGCCUCGGACGGUCUUUGGGAGCAUCUCAGCGAUGAUGAUGCUGUGCAAAUUGUCUUCAAGAACCCAAGAACGGGUAUAGCAAACCGAUUAGUGCGGUCCGCCUUGAAGGAGGCCACGAAGAAGAGAGAGGUCAGUGUGCAUGACCUGAGGACGAUAGAGCGGGGCGUGCGGCGCCAUUUCCACGACGACAUCAGCGUCGUCGUGGUGUACCUCGACCGGCACCGCGGUCGCCGUCAGACCAGGGUGGUGGACUCGAGCAGCAACUGCACCAGCGCCCCCGUCGACAUCUACUCCUCCUCCAGCUCCAUCCAGUCGGUGCAGCCACGUCAGGCUUACCGUGACUCCGGUUAA